GUCAGAGCUUGGUGGCCUCGGAACACCUGGGCACUAGUCAGGGCUUGCCUGGAGACCCUGGGAAGGUUCUCUCCACGCACCUCCCUCUGGGCCUGCUUCCCUCCUGCUGCUCUUACCUCUCUUCUUGGAGAACUGCUCGUGGUUCUCGGCAUGCAGUUUGCAGAAGCUGUUUACUGUGGAAGAGGAGUUUGAAGAUGAGCACUGUGCUUUAAAAAUCGAAUUUAGGAUUUGUCAAGAUGCCCCAUUUGUACCUCAUCGGGUGAUGAAUGCUGCACUGGGGACCCUUCUGGCAGCCCAAGCCCCGCACUCCUCUUCCUUUGAGGCUUUUGGAACCUAAGGACUUCUUGUCUGCCGUGGAGGAUGCAGAGAAUCGGCUUGCUGGCUCUCGGUCUGUGAAGGCUGGGUGCCUGAGACCCUCCUCUUCCAGCCCACGGGACUCCGGGCAGGCACAGUCUCCCGGGCAGCUGCCAUCCGGCCCCACUGCUCCUUCAGAGGCUUUGGGCCCAUCAACCCUGGGACUCCGCCUUUCUACCUCCAGCAUGCCCGCGGCCAUCAGGGGUCCACCUUCUGUAGGAACAGCCUCCCUAAGGCCUAUCCCGACUUCCAGCAGCUGGACUGGCCAUCAGAGACGAGUGGCACUGGCAGAAGUGCUCAAAGUGCCACCUAGACACCAGACCUCUGCCUCCCACUCCCUGCUCAGUUUUGAGAGCCAGCAGCCGGUAACUGGAGGCUUCGAGGGGCCUGAACAAGAUGAAUUUGAUAAGGUCCUCGCAAGCAUGGACCUGGACCUUGGAGGCAGCAGUGAGGCCCCAGGAAUCUUGGCCACCUGGCAUCAGGAGGACUCAGCGGUGGCUAAAAAGGCCCGGGUCACUGAGCUGAGUGGGUCUUGCCUGAAGGGACCUGUGCCUGCCCCCAACAUGACUAGUGUCCUGUCAGCCCAUGGUGAGCCUCCAGAGCCUGUUGUCCACUGCAGGACUCCAGAGCCCCAUGCGAGAUCGGCUGCCACCAGUGACUUUCCCAUUCCUGUUCAGCAGCCCCGCUGGGAAGCCUGUCAGAGGGGCCCUCUUCUUCAGGCACCACAGCCUCUCCAAGCAGCUGGCGGGCCUGUUCAGAGCUGCCCUCAAAACCGUUUUCCUGGUCACUCAUUCCAGUGUCCAGACGCCUCCAUACCUGGCAAAUCUCGUUUUCCCGGGCCACGGACUCCCAGCUCUAUGUGCUCUGCUCCCUCAAAGACUAUCUCCGGAUCGUUUCCUCAGAGCCCCUUACGACCCAGAGCACCAGUGUCUUCUGUCAGGUGUCCUCCCAGCACCCCAAAGAGCUCCCAUUCCUCCCCGGUUCCCCAGGCAGCUCUGCAGACACCCAUCGUCACCAACCACCUGGUGCGGCUGGUCACUGCUGCCCACCAGACACCCCAGCAGCCCGCCAGCCCCAAAACACGCCGCUUCCCUGGCCCGGCCGGGGUCCUGCCUCACCAGCUCAGCGGGAAGCAUCUGGAGGAGAUCAUGGUUUCCACACCCCAGACUCCAACUCAUGGUGCUCUGGCUAAAUUCCGGACAGAGAUUGUUACCAGUUCCCAGGCAUCAGCAGAGGAGGACUUUGGGCGAGGGCCGUGGCUGGCCAUGAAGUCUUCUCUGGGCUUAGACGAGAGAGACCCCACCUGCUUCCUCUGUGCCUAUAGCAUUGUCAUGGUGCUGCGGAAGGCAGCCCUGAAGCAGCUUCCUAGGAACAAGGUCCCCCACAUGGCUGUGAUGAUCAGGUCCCUGAGGCGGAGCGUGAUGGACGCCAGCGUGGUUUUCAAGGACCCCACAGGAGAGAUGCAGGGCACGGUGCACAGGCUGCUGCUCGAGACCCGCCAGAGUGAGCUGAAACCUGGCUCGGUGCUGCUGCUAAAGCAGGUUGGAGUGUUCUCUCCGUCGCUCCGGAAUCACUACCUCAACGUGACGCCCAACAACCUGGUCCGUGUUUACAGCCCAGAUUCCGGGGAUGGGAGCUUCCUCAAGCCGUCUCAGCCCUUCCCCAAGAACCCGGGGAGCUUCCCUGGCAGCCCCCAUCAUGAGACUGCAAAGUCUGGAAAAGGCUUCAGAACAGCACCGAACGCAGAGGCAGGGGCAUCCCCCGAGGAAGAGCUCCCAGAAGCAGAUGACCUGGAUGGACUCCUCAGUGAGCUCCCUGAGGACUUCUUCUGUGGGACCAGCAGUUGGGACUGCCCCAAGGCAGCGCCCCCGCCUUGAGCAGGUGGCCUCUCGGCACCCACGAGAGCCUCUGCUUGUGUCUGAUUGGGUCCCAGAGAGAGAGGAAGCCUAGCAUGAUGGGACAGCCAACAAAGCCCAGGACUGUGGUUGCUCCCCUGGACGCCUUCCCAGGAACACCCUCGUCCCUCAGAUUCUGCACUGCUGUCACUUUGGGUCUUCCUUUGGCAUUCUAGAACCCAGCCCCAAGGAUGGCCCUUCUGCUCUACUGUCCUCCAAGCCCUUGGAUGCCACCAUCCCUUCUCCUCCUGCCAGCAGGGGAGGUGUGUCCCCCUCCUGCUUCACCUUGACUUUCGAGGACCCUGAUCCCUUUAUUCCCUAUUCCCUGGACCGCUGAGGAGUCACACCACAGUCGUGGUGACCCAUUCCUCUGGUUAGAGGAGGAACACACUCAGACCUCCCUCUGCUUUAUCUCUCCAGGCCUGCAGCUGCCCAGCUCACCUGGGCUCAGGGUUCCCAGGUGCGGGGGUGGGACAGGGCUGUGACGUCUUGUUCGGAAUUAAAGCAGCUGUCUGCUCCACUCGCCUCCCCCGCUCCUUUCCACCCGCACUGCUCCUUGUCCCGCCUGGCCUACGGCGGUGCCUGGCCGGGACAGAGCCAGGCUCCUCGUUUUCCUUCCCUCUUUCACUCUCUUUUCAUGAACUUUCCUCAAGACAGUUUUAGAUUGACAGAAUUAUUGCAAAGAUAAUCCAGGGAGUUCCUAUAUACCCCCCACGCAGUGCCCUCUGUCAUUAGCCUCUUACACUAGGAUGCACACAGCUUACAACUGACCAGCCGCUGUUGGGACACUACUAUGAACCGACCUUCAUGCCUUUUUCAGACGUAUGCGGCUCCCCUGUCGUCCUUUUUCUGCUCCAGGAUCCCACAUUCCCUUUA